AAAAUGGAUAAUAAUCAAGAGAAGUCUACAGAUUCCCCAUACAGUUUCGGUGGAACAAAGGAUGAUGGAAUGGAUCCACUUCUUCUUGGAUCAGUUGGAGUACUCGUUUUAGCAGUGACAUUAAUUAUUUGGAGACUUCUGAAACUACAAUGGGAUGAGAAAGCCGCUCGACAGAGGACCGAUAUGUUGCUGGCAAUGAAUGAAGGUGCUGGAGGUAGUGAUGAACGAAGAGGUGCAAAUGUUGCCGGUGGAAUGCGUCGAAAUGCUCGUCGUCGAGUGAACCGUGAUGAACAAGAAGACGGUUUCGUGAAUCAUAUGAUGAAUGAUGGAGAAGAUGUUGAAGAUUUGGAUGGAGGUGCUGAACAAUUUGAAUAUGAUGAGGAUGGAAAAAAGAUCGGUAAGCGAAAGGCUGCAAAAUUACAAGCUAAGGAAGAAAAACGACAAAUGCGAGAGUACGAAGUCAGAGAAAGAGAAGAACGUAAACGACGGGAAGAAGAACGGGAAAAGAAACGUGAUGAGGAACGUGCAAAGGAAGAAGCUGACGAAAAGGCUGAGGAAGAACGAUUGAGAAAGGAACGAGAGGAAAAAGAGAGAAAAGAGCAUGAGGAAUAUUUGGCUAUGAAAGCUUCGUUUGCGAUUGAAGAAGAAGGAACCGAUGCAAUUGAAGGUGAAGAAGCCGAGAACUUGAUUCGUGAUUUUGUCGAUUACGUGAAAACCAACAAAGUGGUUAAUAUUGACGAAUUAUCUUCACAUUUUGGCCUGAAAUCCGAAGAUGCUGUAAAUAGAUUGCAACAUUUUAUCGAAGAGGGACUUGUACAAGGUGUUAUGGAUGACAGAGGAAAAUUCAUUUAUAUUUCCGACGAGGAAUUUGCGGCAGUUGCGAAAUUCAUAAAUCAACGUGGAAGAGUGUCAAUUCAUGAAAUCGCCGAACAAUCGAAUCGUCUAAUUCGUCUCGAAACACCAUCGGCCGCCGAAUAAGAAGAAGCGCGAGAAGGAAGUAUGUACAUACGAAACGAUAAAGACACCUGAACGUGGUCACAAGUGUUCCCAAUUCUGUUUCUCGGUCGCUUUUUCUUCUUCUUUUUUCCUGUUAGUUAUCGCAUCUCUUUAUCAUUUUCAACCAUCAACAAUCAUUUUCCACACCAAAUCCAUAAAUUAUUUAUAAUACGA